GCGGGGCACUCAACGGAGGCGCCGCUUGUCCUGCAGAUCCCGCCCAGAGACGUCGGCCGGGUCAUCGGCGUAAGCGGGGCCAACGUUCAUGCGAUCGAGAAGGCUUCGGACACGAGGAUCGCGGUGAAGUCUCCGAGCGCCGAGGUCCACGUUGAGGGCAAAGGCAUGGCCGUGCACAAAGCGUACGCGAUGCUUGCAGCGGUUGUCAAUGGCGCAGCAAGUGGUGACGCCAUAUCCCCGUGCAGCUGUGAACCGGCUGCGCGAUCUUGCGACGGAGGUCCGGGCUCCGAGCGAGAUCCCGAUGCAGCCGCGCCGCUCCGGCAGCAAGGCGCCGCUCGGGGCUUGAGGUUGGAUCCGGCCCUCGGCCUCGCGCCAGGCGAGCCCGCCGGCAGGGAAGCGUUGCUGUCUUGUGGGGCCAGGUUCGCCUACGUGAGUGACAGCAGCGGCGCCGUCAGCGAGUAUCUGUUCCUCGGUCGCGCGCCCGGCUGCUGGGCCUGGAUCACUUGGUCCACCGACGCUGCGGGCUCCGAGUUCGUCUGGGACAUCGUGGGUGCAGCGUCUUUGGCCGGCUUGGAUGGUAUCCAGGUCCUGGCGGACACGUCUGUUACUUCUAAUAUCGACGGCGCCACC